GGGAACCAGGGACAUGGGGGGUACGGGGGGGGGCUAGGGGCUGUGGGGACGGCCCCAGGGGUGGCAGAGAGUGACCAGGGACACGGCAUCUCCCGAGAGUGCCCGAGGGUGCCGGUGUCCCCAGCCCCGCCAUGCAGCCCUGCCUGCUCCUCGUCCUGGCCCUGCUGGGCACGGCCUCCGCCAGCCAUUCCGCCCCUGACAGCCCCGAGGUGGACGAGGCAGCGUUGGAGGUGCCGGAGGAGGAUGCCCGGUGCCCGCUGCAGAGCGAGACGCAGGCGUUCAACGUCGCCAACCCGCUGGGCGCCAGCACCUUCCGCUACGUCAUCGUCACCCGUUGCCAGAGCUUCCACAAGGCCCAGCGCAUCUGUGCCCAGUGCUACCGUGGGCAACUGGCCUCCAUCCACAGCUACAGCGUCAACAGCCUCCUGCGACGCCAGGCACAGCUCAGCACCAACCGUGGGCAGGUCUGGAUCGGGGCCAUCACCGAGCCCGUGGGCAGGAUCAUGCACUGCUGGUGGACUGACCGGAGCCGCUGGAACUACUCGUACUGGCUGCACGGCUACCCGCUGCGCUCCCACCGCUACUGCACCUCCCUCUGCACCAACAAUGGGCGCUGGAGGAGCGUGCGCUGCCGGGUGAGGCUGCCCUUCAUCUGCAAGUACUGAGGGGCUCAGCCCCCGCAAUGGUGCCCCCCAGCCCUGUGGUCCCCCCAGGCAACCCCCUGCUGCCGUCCCUCCCCACUGGCCCCACGGCGGGGGGGCUGCAUCCCCACCCUGGAUCUCAAUAAAGUAUCAGCUUUUAGCACCCAUCUCUGUGUUUGGGCCCUGGGCAGGUGGGUGGGGGGUCCUGGGGGGCCCUGGCGUGGGUGCUGGGUGCUGGGGCUGUAACAGGGGCGGUGGGAAGCACCCUGGGGUACACAGUGUGGGCGAGGUUUGGGGACAGGGGUGUCCCUUUGUAUCCUGCACAGCCCCUGCGUGGACAAUGGGGGGGCACAGAGGCCCCUCCCUGGGGGCUGUGGUGGCAUCCUGACAGCGGAUCCCAUGGCCACCCCCAAAUCGGUGGCAUCACCCUGUCCUCCCCUUACU